AUGGCUCUUAGCUCAAUCUUACCAAAAGGCUCCUGGGAUUCUCACCUCCACAUCAUCGACACGACCAGGUUCUUCCAGACCCCAGACAGCGGCAACAGUACUCCUGUAGUGGCAGGAGUGUGGGAAAAUGUCGCUUUUGAAAGCUCCAUCAACUGCACAAACGUCGUGAUCGUGCAACCGACACGAUACGGCCUCGACAAUUCUGCAGCUCUGCAGGCUCUCACGGCCUACGGUCCCAAGAGAGCACGUGCCGUUGUCCAGUUCGACCCAGACACCAUCACGCCCUACCAGCUCCAGACGUGGCACGAUCUGGGCGUCCGAGGAGUACGGCUCAAUUUCGCCAACAACAACAACCCAACGUCCAACACGCCGCCGGAGAAAAUGCCUCAGCUACUGCAGCGAUAUGCCGACCUCAUUCGCCCCUACGGAUGGGCUAUCCAGAUGGUGAUAUACAUGGAGAAAUUGGCGCCCCUCACCACUGUGAUCCCCACACUGGGCGUCAAGGUCGUCAUCGAUCACUUUGCCCAUUCCCGACUGCCAGACAACGCCUCGAGCGCCGGCGAAGUCGACCCCUAUUCGAUCACGGGCUUCGACACGCUCGUCCAGCUCCUGGAAGAGGGCAACACCUGGGUCAAGAUAUCUGCUCCCUAUCGGCUCACGACCGAUGACGAUCCCGAACACAAGAGCCUAGAUCCUCUCAUUCGCGAGCUGCUCCGCAUCGACAGCACAAAAGCCGUUUUCGGCACCGACUGGCCGCAUACAGACUAUGAAGGUAUCGAUAUUCGCCCUUGGGUCAAGCACCUGGCGGAUUUGACGAGCGAGAACAAGACCGUACAGCAGAGGGUGUUUCAAGACAACGCACGCACUUUGUAUGAUGCAUAUUGA